UCGGAGUUAUAUUACCCACAAUUUCUCUGUUUUCCGUUGAGGUUUUUAUAACAUCCCGAUGGUGAAAAUGAAUAGCGUGAAGCUUGUCGUGCUCGGCGACGACCACGUCGGAAAAUCUGCGGUGACGGUCAGGUUUCUGACGAAGCGUUUCAUCGGAGAAUACGACUCGAAUGCAGAUCUUGUCUACAAGCAAUGUCUGGCGAUCAACGAUUCUCAUAUAGAAUUGGAAGUCCUCGACUCGGCGAAUAAAAAGAACACCUCCAUGCCCUCUGACGAUGCCCUCAACUGGGCUGACGCCUUCGCUGUAGUCUACAGCAUCUGCGACAAGAAGAGCUUCGACAGGGCGAGGACGCUGAUCAGGGGCAUACAAGAGUCAAGGUCACCCAGCCACGUUCCCGUGAUUCUCAUCGCUAAUAAACUUGACCUUGAGCACACGCGACAGGUCAUGGUCAACGACGGCAUGAAAUUAUCAGACGAGGUCGGAUGUCAGUUUGUUGAGGUGUCGGCUGCGGACGGGGUUGAUGACAUUGUCAAUGCAUUCCAGACGCUCAUCCGGGAGGUGACUGCGCUGUCGCCGACGGCCAAACGCAGGAAGAAUUCAUUUGGGACCGUGUCCAAGGCCAUAUCGUCGUUCUUCAGCAGUAAGAACAAGAAUCUGAACUCAAAUUCAAAACGAAAGAUGUACGCCUAUUGAAAAUGACGAUCUUCGCAAAAGGAAUAGUAAUAAAAUAACGUCUGCAUGACGCAGUCACGUGUUGUUGUCCGAUGUGACACGAUGACACGAUCAGGAGUCGCAGUUCAUUGGCUAAACUGAUCACAUGACGCAGGGAUACGCAAUCCGAUUAGACGCCACGGGCACGUGACCUAUCUCUGCUGGCAGCAGAUGGUAAAACAAUUUAAUUGAUAGCAUCGAGGGACUUUUUAUCAUUUUUCAUGGCGGCACGUUUUUUAAAAAGGCGAAAGGAAAGUGAGUUUCAUCAUCACCAGAAAUGACAGUUGAUAGCUGGUAGAUCAUUACGACGAAAGAUUAGGGGAACACUUUAGGAAGGAAAGAUGCAGAAACCCAAGCGAGGAGAGCAGCAUUCAUAGACAGGCUGGUGAAUCUGCUUGCAGACAACCGGACAUAACCACAUGAGUAAUACAAAGGAGAGGAGCAGAACCUAGCAAUGAUUACCAAUGGCGAGGCCUGGAGAUUGGAGAACCACGUACAUGUAGGAUAUCCUUCUCCAAAAACCAUAAGUUCUGCGGAAGGAACAUACGUUGAUUGGUCGACUUUGAGGCUUCUCCCCUGAGCGAAAUUAACUAUUGGACAGAAGACUUUGUUGUUAGGAACGUUAUACUGUGAUUCAAGUUCGAACUCUUUCAGGGGGGACUUAAUAUUUCGAAUGACAUUUGCUGUCUCCUCUCUCUGUAUUAGAAUAACAGUUGAUGACUGCAAAGGUAGGAUAGCGCUUUGCAUUGAUCUUCGAAGAUGCCUAUAAUGAUCGUAUUACUAGGACUGUUCAAGCGGCUGGCUGGCUGGUUGGCUGACGUGAGAAGAUUUACUCUACAACGAUGCUCGUCGGCAGACAUUCCCGAAGUGGCGAGACAGAACCCCUACUUUGACUAUCUGUUACUCUCAAUCAAAAGUCGGGCGAUAACCUUGCAUUACAAGAGCACUUUUUCUCGGUGUAUAUAUAUUUAUGCUCAGAAGAGAACUACGUCACCAAUCGGAAAUGUUCUGCUGGAGCAGCCGGCCACCUGGUACACAUCAAUCAUAUUUGAAAACGAUAUUCACAUGGGUUAUAAAAAUAAGAAGAUACAAAGGGUACUUUCUGGUCAUGGCUGCCUGAAGGUCCCUGGUGUUUUCUUUCAGAGCUGUGUCUCAUCAAUAGGGAGUUUUUGCAAAUUCCCCGAACCGCCAACGCCAACGCCUUUCCCAUGUUCAAGUUCCUACCACGAUGUCGAGGAAUUUGAAUUUCGGGGAAUUUGCUUAAAGUCACUAAUAUGAGGCUGACGUGAGAUGAAUGGUUGUCUUCGUUGUCGCUUAUUGGCGACGUGGCAACAUUAAACUGGCUUUGAAAUCUGUACGUGCGACGAAGAACGAAGGUAUGUGGUGUUAUCAAGUCUUGUGCCAACUUAUUUACGCGACACUUGUACAUUAUCGUUCAUACUGAGUUGCAGGAGAAAUCGGCGAAAUUUUCAAAGCAAAUCUUCAAUAAAAUACAUUUACAAAAUUCGUCCUUCCUCGUUCGUAUCUCGCUUAUAGUCUGAUUUCAAACCCUUACGAACGACGAAGGCCGGAGGUCUAGAUCUGAAUGUAUUUCAUUGGCGAUAACCUUUGAAGAUUUAAUCCAUUCUUCUUAUACUACCAAGUAUGAACGUCCAUUCGGAAAUGUCCAAUGUCGCGUAAUUGCAUAGAGCAGGAUUGCUGACACUUGCUAAACCUGCCUCUUUAAUAUAUUUUCACGACAAGAAAAUGGUAUUCUUCGGCAGAUGCGAGGUUCAACAGCAUACAAGCCCGUCCCCAGUUCAACCAGCGUCUACCCACUGAUCAUACAGAAAUGUGAACCUAAAGGCGAGGUUGAAUUAAGCCACCUUGUUUUCAAAGGAAUCUCCGUCGUAAACGUCUGAUGAAGUCAGUGUUUGUUUACAGAGAACGCAAUCUGAGCUCAACCACAAAUAUUGGGGCAAGAAUGGGGAAUUCCCGUCAUGAUAUGAUUUCAUGUAUUUUGUUCCGUUCUCGGAACCUAAUCAAGAUUCACUGUCAGACUCCUGAGGCACUUCAUUCGUCAUUCUUUAGAUGCUUCUUUCAUCGGAAGGAUGAAGCCGAUUCACUUCCACCGGAAUGUAUCAUUUGUCUUGCUUCUAAACCACAUACCUCACUGCUUUUAUGUCAUGAUGUUCCUUUGGCAGCGAAGUUGCCUCCUUAACUUAAUAUCACGAAGUAAAAUCUCGGUACAUAUACUUCACUUCUAUAUGUCGAGAAUGGCAGAAUAUCCUUAGUUUACACGACUCAAAGCUCACUGAAGUGUUUGACGAGGAGUUCCAAUAUGGAAAUCUGAUAAUAGUUAAAAGCAGUUGACGCUGAUAAAAGUAAAAGGUGUCUUAUGGAGCACAUUCUCUAUACUCUAACGUCAAUAUAUACUUAGAUAUCAAAGAGAAGACGAUAACGAUUCAUUCACUUGCUUAUGAGUGUACAUGUGACGUUUGGGCAAGUGACUGGUGCCACUUUUUCCCCGACCCAUAUUCAGUUGAGUGCUCGUUUGUGGAGAGUCACCCAACUGCUGAUCGAAUGCCAAAUAUGCCGCCAUUAAGAUGUGAAAGAUUUCAUGAUACCACACAACAUUUGUGACUAAGAUAUUUUUAUAUUGUUGUAUAGAUUUCACCCUAAGUGCCAAAAUACUAUGUGCUACAGCUUGUUUAUAGUUUUGUAUUGUGAUAAUUUUCAAGAAAAAAAUGAA